AUGGAAGCACCCGAGACCACGGAAGGCUCGGUUUUAGUCGGCGCCGCAAGACGAACAUUGGGAAUUUGCCUGUUGCUUGUCGUGGUAUUUUUAUGGACGGCCUCGAAUUUCCUCGCCAGUACGAUAUUCGCCGACGAUACAUACUCGAAGCCGUUUUUCGUGACGUACAUCAACACCUCGAUCUUCAUCCUUCCCCUCUUCACAAUCCUCUUCCGUCGGCUCUUGAAAUUAUGGCGCGCAGGGAAACUCUACCGAAUUCGCUCAUUCAAAAGCUUAUUGGAGCAUCUUGAUUCUCACGAUACGAACGUCGAGGCACGGGGAAUACUUAGUCACGAUGCAAGUGGGGAGCAUUGGCGCAGCGAAGACGAAGACCCUGAAACAUGGGCUGCUGCUAGGUUCGAUGCCGCGUCCAGAGGCCAGCAAUCUAAGCUGGGAUUAAAGGCGACAGCUAAAUUGAGCUUCGAGUUCUGUCUGUUAUGGUUCUCCGCAAACUACUUUGCAAUGGCCUGUCUCCAAUACACAACAGUAGGAAGCACCACAAUCCUGACCUCAACAAGCGGAGUCUGGACCCUCAUCUUCGGCGCCCUAAUCGGCGUCGAGCGCUUUACCAUUCGAAAGCUCAUGGGAGUCAUUGCCUCUCUAAUCGGCAUAAUCCUCAUCUCCCGCGUCGACAUGUCAACCCCCGACAACCCCAGCAACAACAACAACAGUAGCAGUAGCAGCGGAAGCGGAAGUACCUUCCCCUCCAAAACCCCAGGCGAGAUCGCCCUCGGCGACGCAAUGGCCGCAUUCAGCGCCAUCCUAUACGGUGUUUACACCAUCGUGCUGAAAAAGCAAGUGGGGGACGAAUCCCGCGUCAACAUGCAACUAUUCUUCGGAUUAGUAGGAUUAUUCAACACGGUCCUCCUCUGGCCGGGCUUCAUCAUUCUUCACAUUCUCGGUAUAGAAACUGUAGGAAUGCCUGAUACGGGAAGAGUCUGGACGAUUAUCUUGGUAAACGCCCUCGCCUCCCUCGCCUCCGACAUCGCCUGGGCCUACGCAAUGCUUCUCACCACGCCACUAGUGGUAACAGUGGGACUAAGCUUGACGAUCCCGCUCUCGCUGGUAGGCCAGAUCGUGCUUCAGGGACAGUACGCGAGCGCGUUGUACUGGGCUGGGGCUACGGUGGUGUUCUUGUCGUUUUUGGUGGUCAAUCAGGAGAGUCGGGAGGUGGAUGGGGAGGGGCCUGUGGUGGUUGGGAGAGGAGGGGCUGGUAGUGGGUAUGAGGCUAUUCCGGGGGAUCGUGGUAAUGCUUAUGGAAGGGAUAGAUGA